UGAGCGCGCGGGGCGGAAUCGGACGAUGGGCUGUUUGUCUGUCGAUUACCAAGAAAAACUUCCAGGGAAUUUCAUUUUCAAAGACCUUCUGCGUUUGUCACAUAUUCCAGUCAAACAUGGAGAAGGUUGUAAUUGUAACCGGUGCUAACAGCGGGAUCGGCCUUGCAUUAUGCGACAGGCUGCUUACAGAGGACAGCCAGCUGCGGCUGUGUCUGGCUUGCAGAAACAUGCAGCGGGCAGAGGCCGCCCGCGCCACCCUCUUGACCUCUCACUCCAGUGCCCAUGUGGAUCUACUGCACCUCGAUGUGGGCUCAGUGCAGUCAGUCCUUAGUGCUGCCAAAGAAAUCAAAGCCAGGUACAAUAGAGUCGACUUUCUGUAUCUAAAUGCAGGAAUUAUGCCCAAUCCAUCAGUGGACAUAGGAGCAUUUUUCAAAGGUCUUUUCUCCAGAAAUGUCAUCAACAUGUUUGCGACUGCAGAAGGCCUCCUAACUCAGCAGGACAAUGUCAACUCAGAUGGUCUACAAGAAGUUUUUGCCACAAAUCUAUUUGGACAUUUUCUUUUGGUCAGGGAGUUGGAGCCUCUUCUAUGUCAGCCAGGUCACACAUCCAGAGUGGUGUGGACAUCUUCGAGUAACGCCCGUCGAUCAGCCUUCAGCAUCGAGGAUUUUCAGCACACAAAAGGGACGGAGCCCUACAGCUCUUCCAAAUACGCCUCAGAUCUGCUUAGUCUGGCACUCAACAGACACGAUAACAGCCGGGGCCUGUAUUCCUCUGUAACGUGUCCAGGACUUGUGAUGACUAAUUUGACUUAUGGUAUCCUUCCUUCCUUCUUUUGGACUCUCAUCAUGCCCAUCAUGUGGAUGAUCCGGAUUUUCACCAACACUUUUACACUGACCCCGAACAAUGGAGCAGAGGCACUGUUCUGGUUGUUUCUUCAAAAGCCUGAGUUUCUGGAUCCGAGAGCAAAAUAUCACAGUUUAACAUCUGGACUUGGAACAAAAUACACUGAGCCUAGGAAAAUGGACAUUGAUGAUGAAAUGUCAGAGGUCUUCUUUUCGAAACUUCUUGAGCUGGAAAAAACAGUCAGAAGGAAACUGAGUGAAAGACGUGCCGAUAAAGAAGCCUAUCAGCAGUACCUCAACAACGUAGAGUAGCAGUGAGGUGAACACAUAAACUCCAGAUGUUUAAAACAGACUGAAUUAAUAUUCAUGCAUUCCUAUAAAAUGACGGCACAGUGUUUCCUCUACCUCA